CAAAUGACCGUCAAGAUAUGCAAAUUUUACUCAUCACUACCCCACGCUUGUACACGAAGCAGCAGAAACAAUCAAACAUGGUUCUAGGAGCCGGUUUGCUCCGCUUUUUUGGACUCCUCUGGAUAAUUUUCUUAAAGCAGAGGACGGUUUCAAGUUUUAACUGCAGUUCAACGCAGUACAGAUGCGAUAACCAACGAUGUAUCCCGUCAAAAUGGCAGUGCGAUGGUUCAGAUGACUGUGGAGACAAUUCAGACGAAAGAGGAUGUCGUUUUCGCUUGUGCCACCCAACUAAUGAGUUUACUUGUGCUAACGGCUCGUGUAUCCCCAGGAACUGGGUGUGUGACGGAGCUAAUGAUUGUCGAGAUGGAAGUGAUGAAGCCACUGAUAGUGGACCUCAAUGUCCCACUGUCUCGACGACUUGUGGAUCGUCUGAUUUCACAUGUGAUAAUGGGAAUUGUAUUGAUGCAGUUCUUAAAUGCGACCAGGAAAAUGACUGUGGUGAUAACAGCGAUGAGAAAGACUGCCCCAAGCCAACGUGUUCACCCACGGAGUUUCGCUGCAAAAACGACCGAUGUGUUUCUACAGAGUUUGUCUGCGAUCUGGAGGACGAUUGCGGAGAUCUAAGCGAUGAACAAGGCUGUCACGAUGCUACGUGUGAUCCCUCGCAGUUCCGUUGUGUUGGAAGCGGAAGGUGUGUUCGCGGCCUGUACAGAUGUGACGGAAGACGAGAUUGUUUGGAUGGCUCGGACGAAUUAGCCUGCAAUACUUCAGUGAUAGUCAGACCCACCCCACCCCCGCCAAAAUGCCGGAGGAAUGAAUGGCUUUGUAACGAUAGAAGCAGGUGUAUUCACCGGAAGUGGAUUUGCGAUGGAGCUGAAGAGUGCAGUGACGGAAGUGACGAAAACAGCUGCGGCAAUAUCGGGUGUUCCCCGUCUCAAGAAUUUACUUGCGGAAAUCUUCAGUGUAUUCCGGCCAUACAACGUUGCGAUGGCAACGACGACUGCGGUGAUGACAGCGACGAAAGGAAUUGUCCUUCUCCCACCCCGCGUGUUACUACUACAAUUCCAACAACACUUAGAACGUCGCGGCCGGAUCCCACAGUACCAGUCGAUGUUAAUUCGACUAGUCCAUCUUCUGUGUGUAAAGCAAAUCAGUUCAGAUGUGGCAGCAGCCUAAUCUGUAUUGCAGACAAUAAAGUCUGCGACAGACACCCAGACUGCCCUCAUGGAGAGGAUGAAAAUAACUGCGACAUCGAUGAAUGCAAGGAUCACAAUGGCCAUUGUCUGCACUAUUGCCACGACACGAAGACUGGAUUCUACUGCUCGUGUAAAACUGGGUAUGAGCUGACGGACGAUAAAAAGAGCUGCCAAGAUAUAAAUGAGUGUGAGAUACCAGGAAUGUGCAGUCAAAUUUGUCAUAACACGAAAGGAAGCUUCAAAUGUUCCUGCCUUGACAAUUAUGUGCUGGAUCCCGAUGGGAGGAAAUGUCGGGCCACUGGCCCUCGUCCUUCAUUGAUUUUCAGCAACCGCAGAAAUAUUCGACAAAUUAGAACAGAUGGCUCUGAAUAUAAGGAAGCGGUCGCUAAACUCACAAACGCCGUGUCCUUAGACUUCGACAUUAAAACAAGCAUGAUCUAUUGGACGGAACAGGCCUUGAGGAAAAUACAGCGGGCUCGUAUCCAGGCUAAUGCCGCGCCACAAAUCUUCGACGUCAUGGACAAAGGACUGGAGGACCACUCGUACAUUGCGGUGGACUGGGUCGGGAGGAAAAUUUACUGGGCCAAACAAGGUUCUAUCGAAGUGUCAGAGCUGGACGGCUCUUUCCGUCGCACGUUAAUAACGGAGGGUAUUGAGAAGCCCAGUGCUAUAGCAGUGGACCCGGCUGAGGGGCUUUUAUACUGGACAGACUGGGGCGACCCGGCCAAAAUUGAACGAGCGAGCAUGGACGGCAGUGAGCGCCGAGUCUUGAUAAGUGGAAGCCAUAUAGAGUGGCCGGUUGAUUUGGCAAUUGAUUACACCACAAGGAAGCUCUACUGGAUUGACGCUAAGCUCAAAGUCAUCAAGCAUUGUGACAUGGACGGGUCAAACGUGCGAGAAAUAGUGAACCAGGGAAUCAUUGAACCCACAGGCAUCACUGUGUUUGAAGACCACAUGUACUGGAUCGAUCAGAAGGCAAUCAAAAAAGCCAACAAGUUUACGGGAAAGAAUGUCACGGUUCUUGUAAAUGAGGCUUUCUCGCCGCUCGAUUUGCAUAUAUACCACCCACAAAGACAACCUACAGCUGUUACGCCUUGUUCAAAGGACAACGGAAAUUGUUCUCAUCUUUGCCUUAUUUCAUCGGAAAAGAAAUUUAGCUGUAGCUGUCCAAAUGGGCUUUAUCUUCAACUUGAUGGCAAAACGUGUAAUGCAACCGUUCCGCCAACUCGCAAGCCCACAGCAAGUUCAUCAUCAAACGUUUCCCCUGUUAGUGUAAACUACAGCUCUCAACCUACGGCUGUUAUUAACCAACAAGCUCACCAAGAUGGCAGCAAAUCGAACACUGGCCUUGUCUUUGGAAUUGCGUUCGGUGUUCUGGUGUUUGUUUGUGUGGUCUCGGGUAUUGUUGUGUUUAUCGUUGCGCGGAAGAAACGGUCGCCAAAACUUCAAAUUGUCUAUACUGCUGACAGUGAAACAACAGAUGACAAAGCUACCAUUUUAAAGAGUGUUUAUAGUAGGCCAGCAGCAAGCAAAGGCAAUGUCAAUAGGCACUUUGACAAUAUCAACUAUGAAGGGCACAAGCACGUGGAAUACGAUGAUGACGAUCAUGACGAGAGAAGUCCAGUUAUUGCCGUUGUAGAUGGAGAUAUAGUAUGAUGUUGCCCGACAGUGUGGCGUGUAUAAAUACCAUAUUCCACUACAGGUCAGGCCUAUCGGAUGACGCGCAAUGGAGAACAACUUUCCUCUCCCCCCGUCUCUGCCCUGUAUUCCCUUAGAUUUUAGGGGGGACGUAGGACAAGAGAGGGUUACUUGGUAAAGGAGGAGUUAGGUAGCUUGGUAAGGGCUGAUUAAGUCUUCGCUUUCAUUCGUGAACGUUUUACUCCGCGAUUGAAAGAAGAUUGCUUGAUCGCGUGUGUUAGAAACAAUGUUUAAAUUAAUUCAUAGAUAUCAAUGUCGAGCGAGGCUAAAGUAAUAGUAUUGGAGUGGAAUAUUCUUGUGAAAAAGAGUUUAUUUUGCUAAUUCCAUUUAGUUGGACAGAUGUAAUAUCUGUGUUUGCAGUGAGUGUGAAAAAGUACAAGAUCUAAUUUAUUAUAGUACCUAAAUUAUUCGCAUCUUUUUAGAGGUGUGUACCUGCUGUCACCUAAAUUGAGAAUGUUAUUUCUUUCCCGCCUUUGGCGAUAAUUUGAAAAUAUAUAUCGGGACAGAUGUUAUAGGUUAACGUAACACUAUUUCAAGUAUUUGCUCGUUCAAACAUCCUGAUAGACCGGUUUGGACAAGAACUGUAGAUAGCCUGUCAAACUGAUUUGGGCAUCAGCUGGCUGUAUGUUCGAAAACAGAUUAAUUCUCCCGCAGUUUAUAACAUCACUAAUGGCCUUAAUUUGUAUAGAGGAUAAUGGUUUAAUUUUGUAAACAAAAUUUGAGUGUAUAGCAACAGAUACGUACAUGAGGAUAUUUUUGGUUGCGAUGUAAAGUAAUUAAGCUUGUUAUGGCUAAGAGUAUAAUAUUAUUAUUUAUUUAGAUUGCACUGCAAGUUAAUUAUUAUGUAUCAGAUAUUUAACUUGGUUUUGUUGCUUUAUGUGUUGUUAGUGUUAACCCCUUUUAGUGGUUUCUUUUUUACUUUAAAUUUGAAAAAAAAAAAAAA